GGGGGCAGCGGGGGCAGCGGGGGCAGCAUGGGGGACGGGGAGGAGAAGGCGCCGCGGGGCUUCGCGCGGAAGGGCGCGCUCAAGCAGAAGAACGUCUCGGAGGUGAAGGAUCACCAGUUCGUGCCGAGAUUCUUCAAGCAGCCCACCUUCUGCAGCCACUGCACCGACUUCAUCUGGGGCGUGGGGAAGCAAGGCUACCAGUGCAAAGUGUGCAGUCUUGUGGUGCACAAGAGGUGUCACGAGUUCGUCACCUUCUCGUGUCCCGGCGCCGACAAAUCUCUCAGCUCGCAGGUGAGAUGCCCCGUGUCUCCCAGAGUCUCCCCGUGUCUCCCAGAUCCUUCUGUGUCUCCCAGAACCUCCCCGUGUCUCCCAAGGUCUCCCCGUGUCUCACAGAGCCUCCCCGUGUCUCCCAGAUCCUCCCGUGUCUCCUAGAGCCUCCCCGUGUCUUCCAGAUCCUUCCGUGUCUCCCAGGGUCUCCCCGUGUCUCACAGAGCCUCCCCGCGUCUCCCAGAGUCUCCCCGUGUCUCCCAGGGUCUCCCCGUGUCUCCCAGAGUCUCCUCGU